UUCUUCAUUCCCGCACCUCCUGUCUUACGUGUCCAUCGUCCAUCCCUCUAUAAAUACCAACCCCUAUACCUUCCUCGAGCCAUUUCGCCCUUCUCACCCUAAAUCCCGCGUCUCGACUAAAAUUAUCUCUUUCCCUGUCUCUCUUGCCCGCUGGCCGCACAAGAAGAAGGGAUCGAAUCCCAGCGAUAUCGGAAUUGCCCGGGCAAUGGCCGUGCAAGCCCAGUACCCAUCCGACGCUUUCUCCCCGGACUUCCGUUCCAGUACUCCAUUCUCCAGGUCUCGAAACAGCGUGUUGGAAGACCUCCAGAUGCUCCAAGAUCGCACCCGCCACCAUCAUAUCGGGAGUCUCCUCGGCGGCUACACUCAUCUCGCAGGGCAGCAGCAGGGUUUCAACAACUGUACGGUGUUCAGCGAUCCAACGAGCGAGCUGACGUGCAAUGCCUCGGGGCCCCGGAAGCGCAUCCGAGAGGAGGAGACCAUGGUACUGCCCCAUCCCAACCCCGUCUUCCACUACCCGAGUCUCAAUCUCGGCGCGCUUCCGUUGAAGCCAAACAACGCUGCCGAAGCCCCCACCACCGACGCCGCCCAGCUGUCGCACGUGCAUAGCCGGUUGAUCGAGUCCGCCGGGACUUCUACCAGCGGGCGCCCCGACUCCGUCUCCAUCUCCGCCGCCGCCUCGCCGCUUGUCGUCUCCCCCCUGGCGCAAGAACUGGCCUCCCAGCUGUACCACCAGAACCUCGAGAUCGACGCCCUCGUCCGCCUCCAGAAUGAGAGGCUUCGAUCGGGAUUGGAGGCGGUCCGGAAGAAGUAUUGCCGAUCGCUGGUGUCGGCGGUGGAAGAGCGGGUGGCGAAGCGGCUGAGGGAGAAGGAGGUUGAGCUGGAGACCGCGAGCCGCCGGAAUGCGGAGCUGGAGGAGAAGGUGAGGCAGAUGAGCGCCGAGAACCAGAUCUGGUUCAACGUCGCCAAGAACAACGAAGCCAUCGUUAACAGUCUCAAGACGAGCGUGGAGCAGGUACUACUCCAGAACAUGGCCUCCGCCGGCGCCGGCUGCAAUCAGGCCUGCGAGGGCUACGGGGACGGUGAGGGCGCGGCGACGUUUCCGGCGGACGACGCGCAGUCGUGCUGCUUCGAGGACAAAAAGGAGAGGCGGGAGGCGGCGGCGGCCGCGCGGCCGAACGAGGAACUUCUGCUGCGGAGGGCGUGCAAGAUGUGCCAGGAGAGGGACGUGUGCGUUCUGCUGUUCCCCUGCCGGCACCUUUGCUUGUGCAAGGACUGCGAACCGAUGGUCGACGCGUGUCCGAUCUGCCACUCCAUGAAGAGCGACUCCCUCCAAAUCCUCAUGUCCUGAUUUUUUUUUUGUUGUUUUGGGUCCAUCUAAUGUUGUCUUCUCGUAUAUAUUUCCUUGUUUGGGGGUUCGCCUCGACCGUCUGAUGGCUGGACCGUCGAGUUUUUUGGUUUCUCUCUCGUGUCGUUUCGAUACGUCAAGUAUCGGAGCGUCGUUGCUGCUGCCGUAAUGGUGUUUGAAUUUGUAAGCUAACGUUUUAUAAGAGUUCGUAAUUCUUUUUCGUUUU